GUUCCGUAUCGGAAGUGAUGUAGCUGCGUUGAAUACCGGCGCGGAAGCUCACAUCACAACUCGGCAGCACCGGAGAAAAAGCCAUGACGACAGACUCCUCACUUCUUAACUCAGAGCUGGAGUUACAGCAGCAGGAGGAGCUGUACCAACAGCUGCUGUUACAGACAAUGGGACAGAUGCAGGCUGAAAAUCCAGACUCCAAAGUUAUACGGCCACAACCUGGCAUGUGUGUGAAGACGCUCUCAGAGCCAGACAAGCAGAAAGUUUUCGUCAACAUCUGCCAGUCCAACUCUGUCCCGCUGCCACCAGACCUCUCCAGAGACGAGCUUGUGGAGCUGCUCCAAUCAGAAGAUCCCAGCGGCUACAGAGUUCCCAUGAGCCUCGGCGAGCCACACACAGAAGUAGACAACAACUCUCAGGCCUGCACAGCGUAUGAUGUCGUCAUCAACCAGGAGUUUUUCCAGAAGUGCCAGAAGGAUCCUCUGUUCCAGCAGUUUGUAAUUCUGGUGUCUUUGGAGGGUUUGGAGAAUAAAUACAAUCUGGAGCUGAGCAGAGACUGGAAGGUGCUGAAGAACAGGAAGUUCUUGGGUUCUGUUAGCGAGCAAAACAUCAGAACGAAGAGCCGACCGGUAAUUCAAGAGCUGCAGCCUCAGGAGAGCUCCCCUGCGACAGCUCAAAGACCAGAGUUCACGUUGCUGGUGGAGCCCCCUGCUGGUGAUCCUGAGUAUCUCAUUGCAGAGAUAAAGCUACCUGGAGUGCCGUCGUCUCGCUCUCUGGUUCUGGACGUUGGAGAGGACCGACUGGUGCUGACGGCUCGGCCCUCGCUCUUCCAUCUUGACGUCUUCCAUCCCUUCCUCGUCGACCAGGAGAACAGUGUGGCUCAGUACAACAGAAGCACCCAGAUCCUUACAGUCACUAUGCCCGUGGUGCCUUCAUGAAACUACAGAAAUAAUGUAGAAUUAUUUAUUUAAUUGUUAAAAAAGGAUGCUGAGAUAAUAAAGGUGUUUUUCAUAAAGCCA